AUGCCCAAGAUUCCUACAGAUGAACAGUUAACAUUUCAUUAUGCCGUUUAUUCCAAGAUCCUCCAAAUCCCAAAGGGCCACGUUACAUCCUAUGGACAAAUUUCUCGUCUCAUACAUUGUCCGAGAAAUGCCAGACAGGUUGGUAUGUCGUUGAAGCACAUGGACUACUAUGUUGAAUUUCUAAGGGACACUAACGGAGAUCAGAUCUUUGAUCUCUCUUUGAUUCCGUGGUGGAGAGUCAUUAACUCUCAGGGUACUAUCUCUAAAAGAGAUACUGAUCAGGCUGUGCUUAGGCAGGUUCAGAGGCUCACAGACGAAGAUGUAGAGGUUGAAAAAUUCGACUGGACCAGCCGAUCUCGUCCUCCUUCUUCUUGGACGCCUUAUCAUGUAGAUUUCCAAAGAUAUGGCUGGUUUCCAGAAGUGGAAGAUGAGGAUGAGGAAGAAAAUGACCAUACUCAAAUAAAAGUCGAAGAUACCGGAGAACUAGAUUAG